GGAUAAUGAAUCAGCAUUUUUUUCGUUCGGGGCUAGGCCUCUUGUUGUUGUUGUCGGUUUUCUCCAGUGGCUUUGCCAUAGGUAAGUUGAACAAGCGUUCUAUAGCUUGAUUGAUCGAUUUUGAUUAAUAAUGCACUCGAGGCAAAACAGCAAUGCUGAUGAUUACGAGACGUCAGUAGCAUUUUAAACUUGGAAAUGCCUAGAUACCAUGGCAGUCAAAUGAAAUUUUGACCAAUUUUCGCGAAAUAUCUCGUUUAAUUCCUCUUAAAACAUAAAAUAUUUGCUUAGAAAUCUCAAGCGAUUGUAACUAUUGCCUUGGGUUGAAAGUAGAAGCGACUGUCGACUCCCGCUUUUUAGUUUGGGCAUAGAGUAAUCUCAAUUUCUUCGACACGUGAAAAAUAUUAGGGCCAUUUAUACGAGGAAAAAUAAGACGCGUCUUAAAUAAUACGCGAACUGUACCAUUUAUACGAGCAUGUCUUAUCUAAUAAGACGCGUCUUAGCUAAGCCGCGUCUUAUUUUAGACGAAAUGUUCCGUUUAUACGGAAAGUUCGUGUCUUAUUUAAGACGAGUGUUAUGUAAGACGCGUCUUAUUUUUCCUCGUAUAAAUGGCCCUAUUGAAGCUCCGGACACACAGAAAUUAUCAACGAAACCUCACCAGAGUAUUUAGUGUUUAUUCAGAAAUGCCAAGCGAUUGUAAAUAAAGAAAUGUAUUUUCUCGCGUUAAGGAAUGCACGUUGCUUCAGUGCUUUGCAUACCGAUGUGUUGGUAUUUGUCGCGUGAGUUAUUUUGACAGUGUGCGUGAUUAUUUGUUAUCAGGUAUAUAAGGUGUUCUUUGCAGAUUCAAGGUCACUUGACAGCAUCUCUCGCUACCGUUCUGUAAAUUUUCUUGUAUUUGUUAUCUUUUUUGUUAUUAUAUUUAAUCUUUCAGAAAGGUUAUUACCAGAUUGUACAUUAUUAAUUGUUAGCUUACGUCUUCGUUAGCUGUAGUUUGUAGUAUGUUUAUUCAUGUAUUUUGCCCGUGUUCUAGCUAUCAAUAAACGAGAUGCCUAUUCCUGAUCCUUGUCUGCGUUUCAUGGUUUCUAGAGUGAAAAUGAUUUGUUCUCGUUUCACUGCAGAGUGAUUAGAGAACAAUUUGUAUUGUUGUGGACAAAUUCUCUGAGCUUGCAUUAAUUAUUAAUCAUGCAUUAAGCAUAUUCUGUCAGGAGCCCAUAACCCGGAGCAUCUAACUUCCAUACUGCGCCUAUGCAACAGCGUUUUCACAAGUAGGUUUAUUUUUAGAUAAGCCUUUCCCGCGAAUUGCUUUUGAAAAGCCAAUCACAAGCAAGUGCGUCAUCAAUAAUAAACUUUUAAUAUGUAACCAGGGCAACUCCUUCACAUUGAAAAAAAAGCAUGGCGGACACACAUGAGGAAUCUUUCGAGGAUUUUUCUGACAGUACUUCAAGCGACAAUUGCAGUAUUUACACGGAAACUAGCAGUUCAGAGGAAGAUCUGCAAAACGUAGAAGUAAUUAAGAGCCCGGGACGUCUACUUCAUUGUCGACAAUGCAUAAUUCACGCAAAGGGAAAUCGAAAUCAUCUUUGAAACAGCCGACUGUGAAAAGGUCCAAAUGACAACAGUCAUUUUUCGCGGGAAAAGCUUAUCUAAAAAUAGACUCACUUGUAAAAACGCCGUUGCACGAAUUUAUGGCAGUUGCACGCUCCGGGUUAUGGGCUCCUGAUUCUGUAGAAUCUUGACUCGCGGGUACGGUUUUCAAAAUGCUAGAUGUCCGGUCCACCUUUUUAACUUCCUUUUCAGGGUCUUAGUUUUGUAGUUUUAUUUUUAUGAUACCUUGAACAUAGUAUGUAUUAUAUCAGAUAAUAGAUUUAGAUCUUGUAAUUCCCUUUCUUCUUUUAAAUCUAAGCUUAAGACUUGGGUUUUUAAAAUUUGUUAUGAUGUUGUCGUAUAGAAUGAUGAUGUUUUCUUAGGAUGACAAUGUAGUUUUAUAGUUUUGUAGGUUUAGGAUUUUGUUGUUAUUUUUAUUAUGUAAAGCGCUUUUGGAUCAUUGGGAAUUUUUUUAUAGGAUGUCAAUGUAGUUUUGUAGUUUUGUAGGUUUAGGAUUUUUUGGACCAUUGGGAAUUAGCGCUCUAUAAAUAUUGUAUAUUAUUAUUAUUAGCCAAAACUAAAAGUGAAGCUCCCAUUUAAUAAGUUUAUAAUUUACUUCAAACAAUAAACUGCAUAUUUAACAAUUAAUGAAUGAGGCUGAGUAUCUUAUGAGGAAUUAUGGAGAUCGAGGAGGGUGUUAUCCCGAGACGGAUAACACCCUCCAAGAUCUCCAUAACUCUUCAUAUGAUACGAAAGCCAAAUUCAAUAAUUGUUUUAUUAUUCAUUCAAAAUAAUUCCUAGUUUAAAAAAAUGGCUAAAACAUGCUUACCUCCAUCGAUCAGAUUGAUGUUAAGUUCAUCUUCGAUAGUGCCCAUUUAGGGUUGUUCAGCUCCGCAAAUAUUCUCCAAAUAGCACAAGUCGCCCUUCAAGUUGUCUUCUUGCUGUUCUUGCCAUGUUUUUAGCUAUAAUUUCGCCUAGUUCUUACUCUUGAAACGAGUGAAAUAUCCGCCAUUUUUGUUUCCACAUUCAAAACAACUCGACCUCUUCCCCAGGUCUUUUCAGUUAACAGUACCUUAACCUGGAUGAACGCUGCAUUUUUGACGUCAUUUCCUCGUUAAACACAAAAUGUUUCCAAAUUUGGUCAUCAGUAACUGGUUAUAGUGAAUUAUGCGUGUGCUUUUAGCUAAUCAGAAUUGGGGAAAUAUUUUGAAUGAAUAAUAAUUAGCAAUUAAUGAAUGAGGCUGAGUAGGAUAUGAAGAAUUGAGCAGAUCAAGGAGGGUGUUAUCCACCGAGGCUGAAGGUAGAGGUGGAUAACACUCUCCAAGAUCCACUUAAUUCUUCAUAUCCUACGAAAGCAGAAUUCAUUAAUUGCUUUAUUAUUUGUUCAAAAUAAUUCCUAGUUUAAAAACACAGCUAAGACAUGCUUACCUGCAUCGAUGUUAAGUUUAUCUUCGAUAGUGUACGUUUAGGUUUGUCCAGCUCCGCAAAUAUUCUCCAAAUAGCAGAUGUCGCCCUCUGAGUUGUCUUCUUGCUGUUUCUGCUAUGUUUUUAGCCAUUAUUUCAUGUAGUUCCAGCUGUAGUUCUCACUCUUGAAACGAUUGAAGUGUCCGCCAUUUUAGUUUUUACAACAAAAACGACUCAACCUCGUGCCCAGGUCUUCUCGGUUAACGGUGCCUUAACCUGUAGAGGACUGCAUUUUUGACUUCAUUUCCUCGUUAAACACAAAAUUCUUCCAAAUUUGGUCAUCAGUAACUGGUUAUGGUGAAUUAUGCAUGUGCUUUUAGCCAGUGAGAAUUGGGGAAAUAUUUUGAGUGAAUAAUAGUUAUACUUAACUUUUGGAAAGACGCAUAUGACUUUUGAGGGAGGGGCUCAGUGAUUUUAGAAUAAAAGAAAAAAAUCUUCAAACAGCGUGGGAAAAAAAAUACAGGCAGCAUGUACUGUGUCAAUUUAAUAUCCCCUUUCUUUUGUAAGGUUGAUUGGCCAGCCUUGAAAUAUAAUUUUAUGUUACAAAGGCUUGUUUAACAAAUAAAUAAAUGAAUACUCAAUGAGGAUUCGGAGGAAGCACAUCCACAAAGUGGUUCUUUGUCAACCUGAUUCCUGGUUGAAAUGGAAUUUGGAAAUGUUGGUGUGGCAGUGGUUAAUUUACAUGUCACAAUUUAUGGGUUUUAUCUCUCUGUCUAAAGGAGGCCAAAAUGAAAAAAUCAGGCUGUGUUUUUUUUGGGCCUGCCACAGGUUUACUUUUCAAAAUCAUCAAUAAAUUAGCUAUUGUGCAGCCUGCCAGAAGAGCCUUUCUUUUGCUCACUUGAUUUUGGCAUACUCAAGGAAGACACUGCAUGAAUCCAGUGAGAUCUUUGCUGAGCAUGUGGGGCAGUGUUGCUAGGAUAUAGUCUCAAACGGAGGCCUAAAAGCUAAUAACACUUAUUCAAUUAUUUGCUCAUUUUCUUUUAUUGUUUUAGAGCCACACUGUCAUAAUGUAACUAAAACUGUGGAAAUUGUAUACAGAGAGGCUAAAAAAACAGUAUCGCUCAAGUUUAUUUGGGAUGCAAGUCUUAUUGGCGGUACAGUUGGAGUGAUUUUUGGAACAGUCACAGAUAGAGCUGGCAAAUGUAUAGCAGAGAGGGCAAUGACAAUUAUGCUGCCAACCAAUGCAAAGCAUUGUCCACGAUUCACUGGAUACGAAUCUUGGUGUAAAAAUGAGACAAGGUUCAGUGUCAAAAAGAAUACCAAUGGCUCCCUGGAACUGAUUGUCAAAUUUUCAGUUCAGUCCAUGUUGAGAUACCUGGGGAAUGUGACAGUGAAUAACACCGUCUUGUUCUCAUCCAGGCUCCAAUACAGUUAUCUUAGUACAAAUGAAAGUGCUUCAGACCUCACUACCCAAGUCCAUGUAUUAGGUGGGUAUGCUAAAAUUUAUACAUGA